AGCCACAUUCCCUGCAGUAAGGUCUGUCUGGGGAUUCAGAGUUUGUUGAUAUAUGAAUCAUUGCUUGUUCUCCAAUCUUCUGGAACCUGCUACGACCAGGAAAGCUCCGUUUUUGCCUGUUGCCCCUGCCCUGGGGAAUAUACAGCAUAGAAUCCACCCUGCCCUGUUUUCUGGGGUGUGAUGGAAGCAGAGGACUGGUCUUGAGAGCAAAGGCGUAACUGCUAACUUCUCUGAUUCCUGUCUCACCCUGUAAAAUGUUUGCUCUUUCCAUCGGAUCACUGAUGAGCAAAUGCUUUGGAAAGGAGAAUGAGCACACCAUGAUCUCAGUGCAAGUGAGUGGAGGGACCAUCCCCUCUGGAGUUUAGAAUCCAAGGAACAAUUAGGAACUCUCUUUGCUGUCCCUAUCCCCAGUCCUCUGACACCUCUGUUUCAGACUUGCCUAGGAGUAAAGACGAGGCAAGAGAAAGAUGGCCACGUCUCAGGUUGUGUCAAGUGCCCAUUGUGCCAUGCCUCAAUAGCAAGGUACCCUGUAGAAUGGUGUGUAGUAGUCUCUGCAGGUGAGGCUGUUGAAUGAUGUGUGGAGUGGCUCUGGAAUCCACUGGUCAAGUAUGUGUAUGUUGGAGAAUUGGUUAGAAACCUCUCUCCGCUUUUUCUAGUGGUGUGGUCUUGGUCAAAGCAUGUUCUGUGUGAGUUGCAAGUGUCACACGUGUAUACUGAGUGACCCAUGUCUGUGACUUCAUGUUCUUUCUGGUAGAAAGCUUUCAUGGAGUGUUCGAGGUCACUUGGACUUGAGCUGCUGCGUUUGAUAGGCUCAGAUUCAGCACACAUGGCAUUGAGUACCCUCACGUUGAAGUUUCUCUGCCAUUUGGCCUCUGCCUGAAAUUGGCACAUCUUCUGUCUCAAGCCAUCAACCUUGUCUUUCAGGAUGGAUAGAUGGUAACUGAGAAGCUCUGUGGGACCCCUUUCAUUUUUGUCUCAUUGACUCCUUCCCCAGGAACCAUUCUGUUCACUAAUGGAUGGAACCACGUCCCUGACAUAGUGGAGCAUCUCUGAUAUCUGUGUCCUUUCCAAGACCUGACAGCCUUACAGUAGACCCUCUUAUCUGGGGCAAAUAAAUUAUGGGCAAGUCCAUGUUUGUGCCCUGCUUUCUGGAUGUUGUUUCAUGUGUGCCUGAAUAGUUUGAGUCUUCAUGUAGAUCUCAGUGUCUCUAGUCAUGUGUGUGACCAGGGCUCAUUUCCAGGUGUGUCAGAUGGUGACAAUGUGGGACUCUCCUCUCUGACAGUUUGUGUCUGUUUCCGAGAGAAGCGCAUAUCUGCGUGGGUCUGUCUGGGACAGCGCAUCUGUGGUUUCUCUUGGAUGGAAGGGCUGUCCAUUUGUAGUCCUGGGGUGGAAUCUGGGGGUGGAAUCUGGGGAGCAGUUACUGGACUGUUUCGGGGUCAGCACUGCCUGCAUCUGUGGUUUUGCCUGCAUCUUUCUAAGUCUCUCUUAUGACACUGUCUUGGGAGUCUGGGGGAGGCUGUGGGCUGCAGUCAGGUAAAUUGGGUCUGCAGUCAUUGAAUAUGUAUAUUGGAGCAUCUUUGUGUUCACCCUGGAUGAACUUGGGGCCUCUCAUUUCAGGGACCAAAGGGUCCACGUGACUACCUAUCUGAAGGUGCUGGUGGUUUGUGCCAAAUUCUGGUGGUAUGCCUGAUGGGACCUUUCUGUGUCCUCGGAUGGCAGUGUGGGCUGGUGAAUCUGUGGCAUGCCUGGCAUAGUGAGAUGGCUUGUCUCUGGGCGUCAUUCUGGGACAUAACUGUGACAGCAUGCCUGCCAAGUGAUGUUGGCAUGUGCGUCUAGGACAGGGUGACAGGCAUGUGUCUGACAGAACUUGGUGAAUAGUCUCUUACAUAGUACAGUAGUUUUCCAUUUCUGUGGGGUGUCUGUUCAGGUCCCCCAGUGGCUGAAUCAUAGUGGGCCCAAACCUAUAUGUUGGUUUUUUUCCCUAUACAUGCAUUCUUUUGAGAGUUUAGUUUGUGAAUUGGGAUACAGUAAAAGAUUAGCAAUAACACUAAAGUACCAUUGUAAAUAGUUUAUUAUAAUAAAGUGUGAGGGGAUAGUUCAGAGGGCUAUAUAGCACAUACUGGAGCCUGUUGCUAUCCCUAGCACUUCAUGAUUUCUUGAGCACCAUUAGCUGUACCCCUCCCCAAAGUUAGAUGAAUGUGUUCUUAUCAGGCAAUGCUCAGGAAUUACUCCUGGCAGUGCUUGGAUGACCACAUAGGAUUCCAGGGAUUAAACCUGGGUUGGCCGUGUGCAAGGCAAGUGCCCUGCCGGCUGUAUUAUCUCUCCAGUCCCAAAAUAAAUAUUUCCUUGUGGGCAGUGUUUGCAGACUGCUGUGGACUGGCUAAAGAGAUAAGGGGGUUAACUGGGAGAGGGGGAACACUGUACUUCUGUACGUGUCUUUAGAAAGCAUGUGUGUCUUCCUAGGAUGCUAGGGUUGGUGUCUCCAUUUUGCCCAGUUUGUGAUUUUUUACCACCUCAGCCUCCGUCCUCGCUCUGAGUCCCUGUCCCUCUGAUCUGGAAGCACACCUCCCAAGUGCCACCACGUCAGCCAUUCCAGAUGCUAGACCUGACUGGGCACACUGCCAGGGGCUCCUAACGACCCCCCCCCCCCGCAGGCCGCACCUCCAGGCGUGGGAACGCUGCCUUAGACCUGAGCUUCCUCUGCUCCUCUUCGGUGGUGGUCAGAAGUGUUACCCCUCCCUGGCAGCUGGACAGGUUCUUCCAGGAUCUGCAGCUUCAGUUUCGGGGCGGAGGCUGCCUAGUCACCAGAAGAGUGCCUGUCCUGGGUAUGGAGCGCUUUUCUGAGACAGGGUCCCCAGUAGCCACCAGCAUGGCUUCUUAGAAACCAGGCUUGGGUUAUCUCCGCGUUGAUCUCGAGUCAGUGGUGGCAAACCAACCUACUAGGAAACAAGGCGGUGCAGUUAAAAAAGUAUAUAUACACGUACACACAUAUACUUAAAAAAAAAAACCUGCGCACCGACCAAAACAAACGUGGUGGUUGCAAAGGGAUUCCCAGAACCAGUUUCCUCUUCGUGCUCACCCCCUUCAUUUGCAUCCAGGCCCCGCCUGAGCAGAAGAUCCGGGCAUGUAUUUGCAAAAAGGGGUACUUGAAACGCUGAGGGUGGUAUGCAAAUACGGGCAAGCUCCCAUUGGCUAGGGUACAGCAGGUGCCGCGUCCGGAUUGAUCAAAGCCAAGUGGGCGGUGCCCUAAUCCGGGACGACUCUCCUGCAGCGCGUGCCCGGGCUCAGUAUCGUUGGGGCUGGCGCACGCGGCAAAUUCUAGCGUGGCUCCGCUGGCGGGCCCGUCCGGACCCCCGAAAUCUUUGCCUUCCACCCUGGCGCCCCCCAGCCCUGGCUCUCCAUCCUCGCUGCCCCGGGCCUCUUGUGGGCUCAGUGGGCUCAAUAUGUGCGGCGCUGCCUCCAUGUUGACCAAAUCGCCGGCUCCACUGCUCCCCGAGACCCCCAUGCCGCCAGGUGAGUGCAGCCCCUCUCCCAUCUUCACGCGGGGUCAGCCCGAGUGGCGGGUGGUGUGGGGGGAGGGGCGCGGGCGGCCGGGCUCAACGCCUGGCUCGGCUGGCCGCCACCCUGACCUCGCCUCCGCCUGCGUAGGAGGCAAGGAUCGCGAAGCGUUCGAGGCCGAGUACCGCCUUGGCCCCGUCCUAGGGAAGGGGGGAUUCGGCACGGUCUUCGCCGGACACCGCGUUUCCGAUCGACUCCAGGUGGCCAUCAAAGUGAUCCCCCGGAACCGUGUGCUGGACUGGUCCCCCUUGCCUGAUUCUGGCACAUGCCCACUGGAAGUGGCCCUGCUGUGGAAAGUGGGUGCUGGCGGUGGACAUCCUGGUGUGAUCCGCCUCCUCGACUGGUUUGAGACAGCUGAGGGCUUCAUGCUGGUCCUUGAGCGCCCUUUGCCAGCCCAGGAUCUCUUUGACUACAUCACAGAGCAGGGUCCACUGGGUGAAAACCGAAGCCGCAGCCUCUUUGCCCAAGUAGUGGCAGCGGUUCGGCACUGCCAUGCCCGUGGUGUUGUCCACCGUGACAUCAAGGAUGAAAACAUCUUGAUGGACCUCCGCCGGGGCUGUGCCAAACUCAUUGAUUUUGGUUCCGGUGCCCUGCUUCAUGAUGAACCAUAUACCGACUUUGAUGGAACACGGGUGUACAGCCCCCCUGAGUGGAUCUCCCGUCACCAGUACCAUGCCCUCCCGGCCACGGUUUGGUCACUGGGCAUCCUCCUCUAUGAUAUGGUAUGUGGGGAUAUCCCGUUCGAGAAGGACCAGGAGAUUCUGGAGGCUGAGCUCCACUUCCCAGCCCAUGUCUCUUCUGACUGCAGUGCCCUAAUUCGCCGAUGCCUGGCCUCCAAACCAUCUGAGCGCCCUUCGCUGGAGGAGAUCCUGAUGGACCCCUGGAUGAAGGCAGCAGUCGAAGACAAAUCCCUCGAUGAUGCCCUCAAAAAAGGGGGUUCUAACCCUCUACCUUGGUCCCUGUUGCCAUAGUCGUGGCCAGGCCCCCCCACCCCUGCCUCCCACCCCCACCCCUCACCCACCCCUGGUUGGAAUAGCCAUCCCAUGGUCGUGCCACAGGGAUAGAUGGACCAACAUCGGUUGACUUGGUUUUACAGGUCUUUACAAAUCCAGUGUUAAUAGGGUCAGAGAUUGGGGGAUAGGGGUCAGAAGGACCUAAGCCAAAUCUGUCCCAACCCCCCUCCCAAUCCUUGCAAGGAGCCUUCCUCCCAGAUCUUGUGGUCUCUUCUUCUGGAGAGGGAAUUUCAGAGCUUUUUCUUUUGCUAGAGAUGUUGAUUUUGUCCACGUUCCUGUCUGUUCUGAGCCCCUACCCCCCUCCCCAACUCCCACCCCGGGAUUCUGUCUCUGUUGAAGUGUAGCUGCUCAAGUUACCCUCCCUGCUACCACCACGGGGAUUCAGUUCUAAUGCUGUUUGGGCAAGGGUGCUUUUUUUCCACUUCCCCAGCGCAAAGGGACUCUUAGCCUAGGAUCGUUCAUUCAGUCAGGCUGCUCACCUACCUCAGCCCAGGGUUGUUUAUUCUGGGGGAGGUAAUGCCCUCUCAUUUUCCCUGGGCUCAUGCUCUCGCUUCCAUUCCCCGCACCCUUUUUGAUGAAGGGACCUUUGUGUGUUAUCCCAAGUGCUCUUAUUCUGAUAAGGUGAUCCCUACUUCCGUGAUUUUAGGGGAAGGAAUGGGAGAUGGACAGCACCAGAGUCCACUAGGAAGGGGUUGAUUGAUGGCUUUUGGUGGGAUGGGGUGAAGGAAAUAAAGUCUUGUUUGUUCUCUCCCACCCCCAUACACACCUUCUUAGAUACUUGUUGCCUCCUUCUGAGCCAGGCUUGUUCAGUUGCUGAAAUGUAAAUACUUAAUGUAUUUGGAGGUGAGGGUAGAGUUCCAACUGCCCUUUUCCAUCUCCUCCCUGCCUGGAUUAUUUAAAAAGCCAUGUGUGGAAACCCACUAUUUAAUAAAUGUCAGAAUCCGAAGUGA